AUGGACCGCCUGAAAGCUAAACGCUCUGCUAGACGAACCCAAUCAACGAAAAUCAAUAAUGAGGCGACGACGCUGCUGAAGAGGGGCUGCAACGACCGAACGGCGUUCAGCAAGGUUAUAGACAAACUUGUCGCCAGCCGUGACGAGCUUCCGAAGAUUAAUGCCGAGCUUGAGGACGUGAUUGCCGUCGAGGAUCUUGAAAGAGAGUACGAGUCGGCAGCGCAUUAUGACGACCAGACGCUUGAGACCCUUUCACGCCUCCGGGCGCAACUCGAAGAUCUCAGCGUCGGCAGCACGGUGCUGACUCCUCCCUCGACGACGCUCAAUACGCCACCUACCCCAACGACAGCUGCGUCACAGAGCUUCGGAUCUCGUCUCCCAACGCUGACCAUCAAGCCUUUCCAUGGGGACGUGAGUCAAUGGACGUCGUUUGGGGAGCAGUUCAACGGCGUUGUCCAUGCGAAUACAGCUCUGCGCAUGACUGAUAAAUUCCACUACCUCCGCAACUACCUGGUAGCAGAAGCGGCAGCUGCCAUUGCCGGAUUACCAGCCACUGAAGCGUGUUAUGAGAGUGCCAUCGAUCUGCUAAUGCAGAGGUUCGGGGACAGGAGCCGGAUUGUACAGCAUCACUUCAGAGCGCUCCGCGAACUGCAGCCCGUGACGUCCCCAUCGAGUACGAGGGAGUUGCGCAUGCUAUACGACGGAGUCCAGCUGAAUGUCCGCUGCGUCAACGUCCUAGAAGUUCCAACUAGCAGUUUUGCGGCGAUUCUAUGGUACCUAGUGCCCAUGACAGCAGACAUAGAGAAGGCGUUCCUGCAAGUGGAGAUAACGAAAAGAGGACCGUGA